AUGCAGCAGCCACAUUAUAUUCGAUUCAUUUCUCCACCAAACGCAAAUUCUAUCUUGAACACUUUACCACAAGGUAAAAUUCGAUUCAUAUCGAUUCAACCAUCAAUCUCCGUUCGGACUUCUACUCCAUCGCGUCAAAUUGUGAACAAAAUCGAACAUUCAUCAUCGGUUACGGAUCUACCCUGUGGAAAACCAUCUUCGACACAUCAAAUAACUGAUUCAUCAACAGAUGCUAUACAAAAUGAAGCACCUAGUACGCAAGUGGCUGUGCCUGCUGUCGAAACAAUUUCAACGACAUCAUCACCAUCCAUCAGCAUCUGCACGAAUGAAUCAAAAACUAUUGAUCCGAUAUUAAAAGCUGAUUCGAGUGAAAGACCUUACAACGAUAACAGCCUUCUGUCAGAUUCAAUGAUGACUGAUCAAGAAGAUCUAUUAGAAGAAAUAAUCAAUGUUGAAGUGCCAGAUCUCAACUCAACUCAGUUGACCAAGGAAACGGACGAAUCGUUUUCAUUUUCAAAUGAUAUUGAGCGAACAAUAAGUCCAAUCCGUCGGGAUUCACCUACUCUCGAGAGCCGAAAAAGUAAUCAGGCUAUUGCUGAAUGUAGUACGAAAACACUGUUGUCAUUAUCAACUAAGAAAAAUCAAUCGUCGAAGAAAAAGUCUGCAGAUAUGAAAUCUGACUUGAUGAAACAAUUACUCGUGAAAAUUGAAGAUGCUAAUGCAGCUGCUGCUGAAUCCGAGGUUAAAAUGCUUAAGCUUCUGGAAAAGCAAACACAACUUCAGGCUGAAAGUGUUCAAAAUGAUAAGGACUUUUUGAAUGUAUUCAAAAUGCUUGUUCAUAAUAUCAGCACUGGACAAUGA